AUGGGGUUCUUCUCACCACCAUCCUCGAGCAGCAGUCGACAUCGUAAUCAUGGCGGCGGCAGUAGCAGCCACCGGCACCGCUCCGGCGGCGGCCACCCUUCGUCCUCUUCGUCUCGGCACAGCGGCGGCAACAAUGGCAGCAGCAGCAAUCCUCGAAAGAAGGCGGCGACUGGUGGUGAUGGUUCGGCAGCAGACGGAGUCUCGGGCCCGGACCCCACCGGCAUGUACACCGGGUACGACCCGACAACCGGCGCGUACUACUACGACUACGCCGACGGUACCGAUGCUAGUGGGUACUACGCCGCCGAGGGCAGCAACGCCAAUCACGGGUACUAUGACCACUACGCCGGAGGCCACCCGUCCGCCACCACAACACCAGAAGAGGAUGCGGCCGCGGCGGCCGCCGCCGCCGCCACGGCCGGCGAAGACUACUACACAUCCUCCGUCACCAGCGCUGUGGCUGAACACGUCUACGAGGCCGGCCUGCAGUUCCACGGUUUUCAACGGUCACCGCCCACGUCGCCGGCCAACUCCAACGUGGUAGGUCCGUCCGGUGCGAGCAGCCAACGGGGCAGCAAACUGUACGCCUUGCCCAACGACGAGACGGAGAAGAACCGAGACGAUAUGAAGCAUGGCAUAGCACUGCUGCUGAUGCAGAACCGGCUGUUUUACGCGCCCGUCGAUGCCAAGCUCAAAUCCGGUGGCAUGGUGUACGAUCUGGGCACCGGUACAGGCAUCUGGGCCAUGGAUGUCGCCGAACAGUUCCCCAGCACUGUUGUCCGCGGCAUCGACCUCUCGCCCAUGCAGCCUGCCUACAUCCCGCCCAAUGUCAGUUUUACCAUUGACGACUUUGAAGACGAGUGGGUCUUGCCGCCCAACACGUUUGACCUGGUGCACAUGCGCUUUUCCCUCUGGGCCGUCGACGACCGCGCCGCCCUGCUGCGCCGCGCCUUCCACCACCUCAAACCGGGCGGCUUCGUCGAGUUCCAGGAUCUCGUGCCCCUCAUGUGCUGCGACGACGGCACCCUGCCGCCCGCCCAUGUCGCGCCUAACGCCCUGCGCGACUUUGCGCGGUACGUCGGCAUGGGCCUGCGGACGUCCCAACGGCUGGCCGGUGGCGACCUGUUUGACGCGAUCACGGCCGACCCGAGCGACCCGCACCUCAUGGACAUGAUCUUGUCACAGGAGCUGGCGGCCGCCGGGUUCACGGGCAUCCGCACGGUGCGGCACAAAUGCCCGCUCGGCGGCUGGCCAGAGCAGAAGGAGAUGCGGCGGUGCGGCCUCCUGCUGCGGCAGGCUAUGUUGGAAGGUCUCCGCGGGUGGUCGCACCGGCCUCUGGGCACGACGGCCGACGGGCUGGGGUGGACGCCGACGCAGAUCGAGAUCUUUUUGGUGGAUGUCCGCAAGGCGAUCAUGGAUACAUCGGUGCAUGCAUACUUUCCCAUGCACAUCACGUACGCACAGAAGCCGAUGGUGUAG